AUGCAGCGCGCAGGUAACAUCGUUGUGAAUCGGUUUGAUAGAAGAAACGAGGUGUUUGAGGUGCACGAAAUACCUAGUGAAAAAGUGUUAGUUGUUGAUCUUGCACGACGGAGGUGCGACUGUGGGCAUUUUCAGGUGGAGCAACUUCCAUGUCGCAAUGUUAUUACGUGCUGUGCUAACCAGCGACUGGAUUGGCAGAUAUAUGUUAACGAUGUAUAUAAAAUGUCAGAAAUUCAGAAGGUCUAUAGAGAGAAGUUUGUCCCGUUGGGCGACACGGAGACAUGGCCUGAUUACACAGGAGUGACCUUGGUUGCGAAUUUGGCCUUGCGACGAAAGUCAAAAGGUUGUCCCAAAUCGACUUGCUAUCUGAAUGAAAUGGAUUCACAGGAAAUACGUGGUCCCCGGGUAUGCCGUCUUUGCAGAAAUCAGGGUCAUAGUCGUAGUAGAUGUCCUCAACGUGCUGGACCAAGUGGGGUUGAUUGCAGUGGAGCCUCGUAG